AUGUCGUGUAUACGCAAAAGCCCAAAGAGAAGCCAGUCAGAGGAACAAGCUUUCCAGGAGCACGUGAGAAAAGUAGCGCAGGAGAAUGGGAGACGGCUCGGUUUAGAGGGGGAUCCUGAUCUACAGUUCCUUCUCUCUGGAGGGACCCUUGUGAAGAUCCGUUCACACUCGUGGCAAAAGACCCGCUUCUACAAACUCAAUGAAGACUGUAAGACUGUGUGGCAUGAUUCUCGGAGAAGAUUCAGGCAAAGCCACACCUUCUCUUUGGAUGACAUCGACUCGGUGAGGAUGGGCCGCCAGUCCGAAGGCUUAAACAAACACACGGAACACAGUGAAGAGGACGUGUGCUUCUCCAUCAUCUUCAAGGGCAAAAAGAAAAACCUGGACCUGAUGGCAACGGAUGCAGACCAGGCCAAAAAGUGGGUGAACGGCCUGGAGAAAGUCAUGAGCAACCUGCACAACCUCAGCCGGGAAAAGAAGAAAGAGCACUGGCUUAUUAACUGCAUGCGCAAAGCAGACAAGAACCAGGACAACAAGAUGACGCUGAAAGAGCUGAAGCACUUUCUGAGGCAAAUUAAUGUGGAAGUGGAUGACAGUUACGCUGCAGAACUGUUUAAGCAAUGUGACAAGUCCAAUUCGGGCACUCUGGAAGACACAGAAAUCAAGCACUUUUAUGACUUGCUAACAAUGCGGACAGAAGUGGACCAGAUUUAUGGAAAAUACGCCCAUACAGAGGGUCAAAUAAGUGCCAAAGACCUGCUGAACUUUCUCCUGAAUGAGCAAAGGGAGGAGGCCACUAUGCAAGACGCUCUUAAACUCAUUGACAAAUAUGAGUUGGACGAGACAGCCAAAGAGAAGAAGCACAUGACCAAAGAUGGCUUCCUGAGGUACAUGAACCACGAAGAGGGCUCCAUCCUUAACCCCAAACAUAAAGGAGUUUAUCAGGACAUGAACCAGCCCCUAAACCAUUACUACAUCUCCUCAUCUCAUAACACAUACCUGAUGGAGGAUCAACUCAAAGGGCCCAGCAGCACCGAAGCUUAUAUAAAAGCCUUGAUGAAGAGUUGCCGCUGUGUGGAGCUGGACUGUUGGGACGGUGCUAACGGAGAGCCAGUCAUUUACCACGGCUACACGCUCACGUCCAAAGUGCUCUUCAGAGAUGUAAUAAAAGCCAUCAAAGAGUACGCCUUCAAAACCUCAGAAUACCCUGUGAUCCUGUCCCUAGAGAACCAUUGCACGGUGGAGCAGCAGCGGCUCAUGGCUCAUCACAUGGUCUCCAUCUUGGGGGACGCGCUGCUCACGAAGCCCCUCGGCGAUAAAAUGCCUGCUAACUUCCCUUCGCCUGAGGCGCUGAAGGGCAGGUUUCUGAUCAAAGGGAAGCGCUUGAACAAACUGGACACAGUCUUCAGCAGUAACAGCACUGUGGACGAGGACACGGUGUCUGAGGAGGAUGAGGCGGCAGAGGUCAAGGACAACGGACAAAAGGCAAAGUCCAAGAAAUCCAAAAUGAAAUUGGCCAAGGAGCUCUCUGAUGUGGUAAUUUACUGCAAGAGCGUUCAUUUCAAUGGCUUUGAACACGCCAAGGACAAUCAGGCCUUUUAUGACAUGUCCUCGUUAAAAGAGAGCAAAGCCUUCGGUCUGGCCCAAAACUCAGGGACUGCUUUUAUGCAUCACAACAUGGACAAGUUGAGCAGGAUUUACCCGGCUGGCUCCAGAACAGAUUCAUCCAACUACAGCCCUGUGCCCAUGUGGAACGUGGGUUGCCAGAUUGUGGCAUUAAAUUUCCAGACGCCCUCUAAGGAGAUGCACAUAAAUCAAGGAAGGUUUCUCCCGAAUGGUUUUUGUGGCUAUGUGUUAAAACCUGAAUUUCAGAGAGAUCCGUCUUCACAAUUUGACCCCAACACACUCACAAACGGGCCCUGGUUGAAGAGGAAAACAUUUCACGUCAUGAUAAUUUCUGGUCAGCAGUUGCCAAAGAUCAACAAAGAAAAACACAAAUCAAUUGUUGAUCCUUUGGUGAAAGUGGAAAUCUACGGUGUUCCCGACGACAACGCGAGCAAAGAGACGCAUCACAUUGAUAAUAACGGAUUCAACCCACAGUGGAAUGAAACAUUUCAGUUCGACAUUCACGUUCCGGAGCUCGCCAUGGUCCGUUUUCUGGUGGAAGAUUACGACUCUACGUCCCAAAAUGAUAUGGUGGGGCAGUACUGUCUCCCUCUGUCCAGUGUGCAGAAUGGAUACCGUCAUGUUCCAUUACUCACCAAGAGAGGUGAUGUCAUCUGCUCCGCCGGCAUCUUCGUUCAUCUCAUGCUCCUUGAUGCUUAA